AUGGCAGAUUCUGUUGACGUUACUCACGAUUUUCACUCUAUUCUCUCUUCUCCCGAUAGAGAUUUUCUCGUUCGGAACAACGGCGAUCAGGUUAAAAUUGACAGUUUGAAGGGAAAGAAACUUGGUUUCUAUUUUUCAGCAUCAUGGUGUGGUCCGUGUCGAAGAUUCACACCAACAUUGGUGGAGGUGUACAAUGAAAUCUCUCCAAAAGGUGAAUUUGAGGUUGUUUUUCUCUCGGCAGACGAAGAUGAGGAGGGCUUUCAGAGCUACUUUUCCAAGAUGCCGUGGUUGGCUGUACCCUUCUCUGAUUCAGAGACACGCAGUCGUCUUGAUGAUUUGUUUCAUGUAAACGGCAUUCCUCAUCUUGCAUUGCUUGAUGAAACUGGGAAAGUUGUUGCUGAAGAUGGUGCUGAUAUUAUCCGUGAGUAUGGAGCUGAAGGAUACCCUUUUACAUCAGAAAGGAUCCAAGAGUUGAAAGAUCAAGAAGAGGAAGCUAAGAGGAACCAGACCUUGAAGUCUAUAUUGGUCUCUAGGUCUCGGGACUUUGUGAUAUCGGCAGAUGGAAAAAAAACACCUAUCUCUGACCUUGAGGGGAAGACAGUUGGUCUGUAUUUUUGUGCGACUUCAUACAGAUCAUGUGCAGUAUUUACGCAACAGCUUAAGGAGAUUUACAAGAAGCUGAAGGAAAAUGGGGAGAACUUUGAGGUUGUGUUUACAUCUUGA